AUGGCGUCAGCUGUGUUUGGACCGGCCACGUUCUGUGCCGUUACGGGAGGGAGCCGGGGGCUGGGCCGGAGCAUCGCCGUGCUGCUGGCGGGGCGACUGGGGCACGGCUCCCGCCUGGUUCUGACCGGCCGCUCGCUCCAGGGUCUACAGGAGACCAAACGGCAGGUGAAAGAGAAGUGCCGGAAAGAGCUGGAGGUGAAGUUGGUGACGGGAGACAUGGAAGACUCCACCGCGUACCACGCGCACUUCUGCGACAUCUUUGCAGACGCCAAGCAAGGUGAUUUCAACAGCGCCUUGAUGAUCCACAACGCGGCAACCACAGGUGACGCGACCAAGAAGGCGUCGGAACAUUCGGACCCGCAGAUUCUGACCAAAUACUAUGACACCAACCUAACGUCAGUCAUCGCUCUGACGUCCAAGUUCAUGAAGGUUUGUUAA